CACACUCACUUCGACACUUCGCGGAGGCUUAGUUGUUUUUGCUGACACUAAGCCAUUACCGCCAUGAAGGAACUGUUCCUACUCCUGCUGGUCGUCGUGGCGUCCUUGCUCCUACAUUCGGCUGACAGUAGUGAAAGAGAAUGUCGCGAUGUGGUCGUGUCAGUGGAGAGGGACAUCGCCUCAGACGGCUACGCGUGCGCGGAUGAACUUGGAAUCGAGCUAAACGGAGGCAGAGGCCGAGGAAACGGACGCGGGAGAGGAAACGGACGCGGCAGAGGAAAUGGUCGAAGCCAAGGACGAGGACGAGGUCGAGGACGAGGACGAGGGAAGGCGAUGAAGUUCCUCGCCGCUUACUCUAAACUUGAGGUGGAAGAGCAACAGGAAUUGGCUUCGUGUGUCUUAGAGAGAAUGGAACUUCUUGAUGGUGACACAUUUGAUUCCGCAACGCUCGCGGAUAACUUGAUCUCCGACUUAACGGCAGCAGGCCAGUCGGCGGCGAUUAAUGCCACGAUCGCAGUGAUUGAGGACGGGGGCUGUCCGCUGGAGGAUGGCGACCCGGAUCUGAUUGCCAUCUUCGAGUUUACGGAUUGCCUGAAGGGAUCCUGUGCAACACCUUUGGAUGCUGAGGCUGAGCUGAUCUAAUGGCAGACGCCCACGGGCAAAUGUCAUGUCAAUAUUUUUUGGGAUCUGCUGCCACCAUGUGUUGAAUUCCAAAAGGCGUGUCCUGGAAUCUGCUGCCACCAUGUAUUGAAUUCCAAAAACAUGUCCCUUGAUCUUCUGCUGCCACCAUGUUCGUUGUUCGGGGAAUCUAGGUUUUGUCAAGUUUAUUUGGAAUAAAUAUUUUGGUUUGA